AUGGCUGAUAACGAAGUCAAAGAGAAUAUAAGGAAAAGAAGCGUUGAGCUUUGUACAGCAAUAGAGAAGAGAGCUGCUGAAUUACUGAGUACACUGUCAGACCAAUCUCAGGCUGAAAGCACAGGCCAGAUCUUUAUACUGGAACCAAACCUACUGGAGAAAUGUCUCUCCCUUGGAACUGUCAUAGACAAAAAGCUCCUCCCACAGGCUAGCAAGUGUCACGUGACUGGGGACCUCCAAGAGGCCACAGUAGACGAGGCCAGUCAUGUGACCGUUCACUUAUUAGCUGAUGGUAGGAGCUCAUUUGAUACCAAAAACCUACCGAUAGAUGUGAAACUCAUUAAUAUUCACGAGGAGGUGGAGAUGGUUGGUGAGAGGGUUAGGGGGAGACGGGAGGAAGAGGAAGAAGAGGAUCGUGUAUCGUUUCGGUACGUUCCUCAUCAUACUGGCCCACAUACACUACACAUUACCAUAUUAGGAGAGCCGGUGAGGGGGAGUCCCUUUAAACUCAGCAUCAAGGCUCCGCUCAAGUUAAGGUUUCUCGUCAAAUCGGUUGUACCCUCGUUUUAUAAACCAGGAGGUGUGGCUAUUGGUCCCAAUGGCGAGCUUGCACUAAUAGACACAGAAGGAUGGAAAACCAUUUAUCUAUAUAAUAAUCAGUUAGAACCUAUACUGACUAUUGGUGAUUGGGGCAGUGGCCCUGGUCAGUGCUAUAGACCGAUUGGUGUAGCUUUUGAUUCUUCAGGUAAUCUCCUGGUUGUAGAUGGGGACAAUCACAGGAUUAAUAAAUACGACCGUACAGGUACUUUCAUAAUGUCCGUGGGACAGAAAGGUAACAAAGAGUUGGAGUUCCUGCGUCCAACUGGUAUAGGUGUCAAUAAAGCUGGUUACGUGUAUGUUUGCGAUCGUGCUAAUCACCGAAUUCAAAUCUUAAAACCUAAUCUCACAUUUGACUCAAUGUUUGGAGGCUAUGGAGAGGAGACUGGGUAUUUGCACUACCCGUGGGACGUCGCCUUUGACUCUGAGGGUAUGGUCUAUGCAACAGUCCCUGGCCAAUAUUCUAUAAAGAAGUUUUCUCCAAACGGAGUUUAUCACUCGACAGUUGUUGAUAAGAAUACUCAGGGAUUUAAAGAAGGAGAACCCAAAUGUCUCGAGAUGUUAUUUAUUGAUGAAUGGGAUUACAUGUACGUGACUGAUCGCGAGUGUCACUGUGUCUUUGUAUUUGAUACAGGUGGUAGGUUUCAUGCUCGUGUUGGUAACUACGGGUCAGCUGAGGGUCAGUUUUAUUACCCAAGAGGCGUGGCUAAAGGAGAAGAAGGCCUGUACGUUAGUGAAGCUGGAAAUAAAAGGUUACAAUUGUUUGGAUAA